GCGUCGCCGUUUUGUCCCACGCCCCAGGGGCAGAGGACUCCGGAGUCUCCAGACCUCGGCUGUGCCGCAGAGGGCGGGGCCUAGGCUCGGUGCGGGCCGGGAGCAGAGGCCGGGCCACUGCAGGUGUGUCGCCUCUGCAGGCGGACCAGAAGGGGGCAGCGGGGUCUCGGCGACUGCGCCGAAUCAGAAAACCUGGGGGUCGCCGCACAACGCUGGGGCGGCCUCGGUGGAGGGACCCCGGUGGGGAGCGGGCCUGGCGGGGAGGCCGGCCUUUUGGCCUCACGAGUCUCCCCAGAAGCUGCAUUUUCGCGACCUGCUUGAGCGGCGGCCUGAGGCGCCCGGAAAGUAGGACGCCCUGGGUAGCGGCCCUGUGUGACAUGGGGCCCCGACCCGGCGCUGGCCGCUUCAGACGCAGCGCUUGAGAGCGAGGCUCUGGCUCCGGUCCAGCGUCCGCAGAUACUCUCAGUGCGGCUCAGAGCCUCAGCUGUAAGACGAUGAUAACCUUUAGGGUUUGGCUGUACUGACUAGGCGUAGGGGUAACGUGUGACAAAAGAUUCAAUAAAGAGAACGGACACAAAAUUUUCAAAUAGCCAUUAGGAAAGAAAUGAUUAGAUUCACUCAAAAAUGCCCCAGGUUCAUCAAGAUUUAUAUCAGAGUCACCAAUGGACAGGUAAUUUCUGGAGCUGCAAGAUAAGGUCUCUGAUGACUUCCAUCUUGCAACUUUCCCUGCUCUGACUUUAUAGUUUCUACCCUUUUCCAAGAGCAGCAGAAAAUGAACAAGUUCCAGGGACCAGUGACAUUAAAGGACGUUAUUGUGGAAUUCACUAAAGAGGAAUGGAAAUUACUGACUCAUGCUCAGAGGACCCUGUACAAGGAUGUGAUGUUGGAAAACUAUAGGCACCUGGUUUCAGUGGGUUAUCGUGUGAAUAAGCCAAAUGCGAUCUUCAAGUUGAAGCAAGGGAAAGAGCCAUGGAUAUUAGAAGUAGAAUUUCCACAUCAGAACUUCCCUGAAGACCUAUGGGAUAUUCAUGACCUAGAAGCAGGAUACCAGGAAAGCCAAGCUGGAAAUUCAAGGAGUGGAGAACUCAACAAACAUCAGAAAACUCAUACCGGAGAGAAAACCUAUGAAUGUAAGGAAUGUGGAAAGUUCUUCUGCCAGAAGCCUGCCCUCGUAGUACAUCUGCACACUCAUUCAAAUAACAAAUCCUAUAACUGUGAUAAAUGUGGAAAAUCUUUCUCUAAAAAUGAAGAGCUCACAAUACAUCAGAAAAUUCAUACCAGAGAGAAAACCUAUGAGUGUAAAGAAUGUAAAAAAAUUUUUUACCACCUGUCAUCUCUUAGUAGACAUUUGAGAACCCAUGCAGGAGAGAAACCCUACGAAUGUAAUCAGUGUGAGAAAUCCUUCUACCAGAAGCCACAUCUCAUAGAACAUCAGAAAACACACACAGGGGAGAAACCCUUUGAAUGUACUGAAUGUGGGAAGUUCUUUUAUGUGAAGGCAUACCUCAUGGUACAUCAGAAAACACACACAGGGGAGAAACCCUAUGAGUGUAAGGAAUGUGGGAAAGCCUUUUCCCAGAAGUCACACCUUACAGUACAUCAGAGAACACAUACAGGGGAGAAACCCUAUAAAUGUAAGGAAUGUGGGAAAUUAUUCUCUAGGAAUUCACACCUCAAAACCCAUCAGAGAACACACACGGGAGAGAAACCUUAUGAAUGUAAGGAAUGUGGGAAAUGCUUCUACCAAAAAUCAGCCCUCACAGUACAUCAGAGAACUCACACAGGGGAGAAACCCUUUGAAUGUAAUAAAUGUGGGAAGAACUUUUUCUAUAAAUCAGAUCUCACUAAACAUCAGAGAAAACACACAGGGGAGAAGCCCUAUGAAUGUACAGAAUGUGGUAAAUCUUUCUCUGUGAAUUCAGUUCUCAGAUUACAUCAAAGAACCCACACAGGAGAGAAACCUUAUGAAUGCAAGGAAUGUGGGAAGUCCUUUUCUCAGAAGUCACAUUUUGUCAUACAUCAGAGAAAACACACAGGAGAGAAACCCUAUGAGUGUCAGGAGUGUGGGGAAACCUUUAUCCAGAAGUCACAACUUACUGCACAUCAGAAGACACACAUAAAGAAGGGAAAAGCUGAUAAAUAGUGAGUUGAACAAUCCUUCUGUCUGAAUUCGUCCUUCAAAAUAAUCAGAGAAUUCACACAAGAAAGAAACCUCAUGACUAUCAUUGCUAUGGGAAAAUUUCAGCUACAGUCUUUCUGCACAUUAUAUCAGCAAAUACAUAGAAAUUCUGUAAAUUUAUUAGGGAGAAAUUUUUACCAUAAGACUUUAGUAAAUAUCAGACAAUGUAAGAAUCCACAAUGUAGGAAUCCACAAUGUAAGAAGUCUAAUGUGGAAAUCACACAAAUUCUAAAACAUGAGGAAAACCCUUCAAAAGUCAUACUUUCUUUUACUUCAUAGAAACCACUUGGGAGAGAAAUCGUGUAAGUAAAAUUAAUGUCAAGAAAUUUUACGUUAGGGCAGCCAGGUCUAGACAACUAAAAGCUCACAAAAGAGAAGCUCCUGUGAGUAUCCUGAGGAUGUGGAAAUCUCUUUACAAAAGUGAAACUCAUAUAUUAGAGAAUUCAAAGGAAUAACUGCAAAGACAGUGGAAAGUAUAGAUGCCUUUAUCAAGAAUUGAUAUUUAAUUUAAUGUCAGAUCAUUGGUACUUGGAUAAAUAUUUUAAAUAUUUGAAAGAUUUUUAACAGAAAUUCAAAGAAUUUGUACUGAGGGAAACACUUACAUUAGAAAUCAUGUUGCAGGUCGUUUUUUUAAAAAAUGAAACCUGCACGUGUCUGUGAAGCUUUUAAAAAGCAUAAAUAAGCACAAAUAAAAUAAACAUGCAACAUCGUUAAACACACAUGAAACAUCUUUUAGUAUGUAGGACUUUAUGUGUAUUCAGUGUACUACAAAAUAUAACUCGUGGAUGUUUGACAUGCAUGAGAAACUCAUCCAUAAUUGUACAUUGGGAAAUAUAUAACCUUAGUUCAAUAUUAUGUGUAUGAAGAUGCCUUACAUUAAGUCUCAGCAGUGACUCUUAUUCAUGUAUGUAUGUAUUGUUAAGUGUAAUAUUCUUUGUAAAUUAUAAUGCACAUCGGAUGUGGUGGCUCUUGCCUGUAAUCCCAGCACUUUAGGACGCCAAGGCAAGAGGACUGCUUGAG